AUGUAUAACAUGUUCGAGGCUCAGGAUAUGGACACCUCUUUGGUCAGCUUGUUCUGUCUCGACCCGACGUUCUGGCUGCUCACUAUUACCACUGUCUCCAUCGUCCUGCCAUGGCUGUCUUUGCGCAAGGUCCGGCCACGAACCGAGCGUUUGUCUUCCCAUGCCGUGCGCUACUCGAUCAUCAUCUCCCGAGCCGGCGAUUGGACGGGCAAGAUUAUCGAUAAUCCACCCACCACGCUUUGGACUCGAGGUUCACCAGCCUGCGGCGUGCUGUACAUGGCAAAGAUGUUCCGCAAGAUUUUGUGUGUCGGUACUGGCUCGGGUAUUGCGCCUAUCCUAGGCUUACUCGUGAUACCCGGACUUCAAUUCAGAAUCUUGUGGUCGACACCUAGCCCAGAACAGACGUUUGGUGUUAACAUCAUCAGACGGGUUGUCAAGGCCGAUCCGAAGGCUGUCAUUCGGGAUACUAAACAUGAGGGCCGACCAGAUCUGAUCGCGCAGGCCAUGAGACUUUACGAAGAAGAGGGCGAUGUCGAGGCAGUUUUCGUAAUCAGUAACGCGAAAGUCACGGCUGAGGUGGUGUUCGGGUUGGAAGCAAGAGGAAUCCCUCCCUUUGCACCCAUCUUUGAUAGCUGA